AUGGCAUCACCUUUACAGAAAGCUCAAACGCAUGAUGACCGAGUGCAUGGAUCUCGCAAAGUGAAAGUCACUAUUUUGGCAUCUGAAUGGGGACCAAGUAACAGGGGGCUUUCUACCAUUAACAGAGAAUUAGCCAUUCAGUUAGCCAAGUUCCCUGAAUUGGAAAUAACUUUCUUUUUACCAAAAUGCAGUCAAGAGGACAAAAACGUAGCCCUUGACCACAAAGUAAAGAUCGUAGAGGCAACGCCACUUUGUUGUUUUGAACAGCUUGAUUGGCUUUGCUUUCCACCAGACGAUUUGGAAAUCGACAUAGUUGUUGGUCAUGGAGUUAAACUUGGUAAACAAGCGCAGAUCAUUAAGAAAUAUAAAACGUGCAAAUGGGUUCAAGUGGUGCACACAGACCCUGAGGAACGAGGGAUGUUUAAAAGCUCUUCCUGCCCAAUUUCAAAGGGUGAAGAAAAGCACAAGAACGAAGUAGGACUGUGUGAAAUGGCUGAUCAUGUUGUAGGAGUUGGACCCAAGUUGAGCGAGGCCUUUCGCUCAUAUCUUUCUGGUUGUAAUAAAGAUGGUAAUGUCUUUGAACUCACUCCUGGAGUAUUUGAAGAGUUUGAGACUGUAAAGCAAGUCAGCCGAAGCGAUAGGCAGCAACGCAGAGUCUUGGUGUUUGGUCGUGGAGCCGUAGAAGAUUUUGAAUUAGAGGGAUUUGACAUCGCUGGGAAAGCGAUUGCUGCAUUACAGGAUACUCGUCUUGUUUUUGUUGGGGCACCGGAUGGAAAACGCGAAGAAAUUGCGAAGCGGUUAAUGGAGUAUGGUGUUCCUGCAAGUCGAUUGAACGUAAAAGGAUUUGAUCGAGACCGAGAGAGUUUCAAGCGCUUAUUGCAACAAGCGGAUCUUGCAGUCAUGCCUUCAAGAACAGAGGGAUUUGGUUUAACAGGACUCGAGGCAAUGUCGGCUGGUCUCCCUGUGCUUGUCAGUCGCAACUCUGGCUUUGGAGAAGCACUGCGCAGUGCAGCUUUUGGUUCAGCAUUUGUGAUUGAGUCAGAGGACCCCACAGUGUGGACCGCAGCCAUUGAAAAGAUCUGGAACAAGGACAGGGAAUGUCGACUUGAGGAAGCGGUGAACUUGCGUGAUUCCUAUAGCAGGAAAUACAACUGGGCCAAACAGAUAAAGGAGUUAGUUGACAAGAUGAUCAGCCUGACUCACGGUGGGAAUGUCAUCUAUAUUUUCUUCAGUGGCACAUUAUAGUGCCGUAGCAUGGGGAGGGGGGGGGGGGGCAAUAAUUUUGACAGGAAUGUUUAAUUUGGUCAGCAGCCACGCUCUUCAUGCUGCUCUUUGAGUCGUCUUUGGUUCAAUGUGUUUAUUUCGGUUCGAUAAAGCCGUUAGCGUGAAAGUUAUUUAUUUAUGGCUUCAACGGUUAAAAAUUGCUUGGAACUAUAUUUCAAAAUCUUCCGGGGGAGCAUGCCCCAGGACCCCCCUAGCAACUAUAAAAGCCUUCGGCACUCGUGAUUGCCCCCCCCCCCCAAAAAAAAAAAAAAAAAAAAAAUUCUAACCUUGCUACGGCACUGCAUUAUCAGGUAACAAUAGAGAGAGAAAUGAAAAGAAACAAAAAUAGGAUCGCUUACAACGAAGUUUUGCCCUGAAGUCUUGAUAAAAAUGUUUGCGGAUACCUAUCUGAACCUUACUCUCAAAACAUCAAAACUGUAAGUAUGUGUAAUCAAAUGGUGACGAGUGAAAUUAGGGAAUAAUUUCACGCGCGUUUUGUCCAAAGCCUAAUAAUUUCCCGAGCCUUUAGGACAAAACACGCGUGAAAUUAUUCCCUAAUUUCACGAGUAUACCAUUUGAUUACCUAUUAAUAUCAUGGGUGACGAAUUACGUUAGCAGUCGAGGAUUUUUGACUUAUUUAUGCUGGAUCGUAUCGAUCGAUCGUGACUCCACUCUCUCAAACGUUUCGAGCUGAAAUUUGGCUUAAGUUUUCAGAAUUUUUCGACAACAUACCUCUAAGAAUCCUUCUUGAUGUGCUCUUUCGUGUGUUCAGGUUUUCGAAAGCGUCUUUUUAUCCCCUGACAUCUUCAUUCAUGACAUUUCAAAACUUCGUCGCCAUCUUGACACUGAGACGUACGGCAAGUUGCCAUGGCAAUUUAGUAAUUUCACAUGUGAAGUUACAAAUUAACGCUGAAAUUGCGCGCCAAAAUUAAGGAGUAAUUCGUCACCUAUGAUAUUACGCUUAUAAUUUCUUCAGGUACAUUGCUUUCAGCAGAAUGGUCUGUGGAGUAUGGUGUUUGAUCCCCGUCAAAAAUCAACUUUGGUACUCAACAUUCAACUUGAGCGGCUAACAAUGCGAAAUCUUGACCUCGUUGUGCGGACAGCGUAAAAUUUCCGCCUAAAUGUACCCAUCGCGUCUGAUACGAGUUCAAUAUCUUUUCAACAUCUGACUACAAAAAAAGAUGAUCAGAUUUAUAUCUAACGCCGAGCACUGAAUACUGAAAUUGCAAAGUUGGUUUUUGGUUUCUCAAGUUGAAUGUUGGUUGCACAACUUACAUGUUGUGUAGCCUGUGUAGCAAGCGUUUCCGUGCGGUUUAGGAGCAAAGAACGAGGAACGAGAGUCAAAGACCGUGCGAAAAAUAGUGCAAGUUAAAGAGCCACUUUCAUUUUUUGGCUCUUGUUUCAUUUCUCGCGCGGCCAAAACCGAGAAUCCCGUACCUCGGUCUUUCUUUAUUCCGAAACCAAACGGAAACGCUUGCUACGCAGGCUAGAUGUUGUGUAUUUUAGUACAAUGCUUCGCGCUCAAUUUUCAAGAAUGCGUGAUCAUGUUAAAUGUUGAGAAGUUGAAAGUUGGGUGCUACAACCUAAUGUUAGCCGCUCAAGUUGAAUGUUGAGUACUACGGAGAGCGGUCGUCAUACCCUUCGGUCAUAGUCUUUAUCUGCAGCACUUCACAUUUAUCUUUAUAGUUAUACACACAUAAUCCCUGCAAUAGCAUGUUUUCUCCAUUUUGUUGCAACAGAAGAUUCUCCAAAGGCCCGGAGCUCCUUCGAAACAAAGUGCAACGCUUUUCUGAGGAUGGAAAGCAUGACUGACGACCAUGAAGGUACCUUCGUAGACAGCACGCGUAGAAAUCAUUUCUGUCUAUUUUUAACCAAGUGUGAGAAGCGCGCGAGAGAGCAAAAAAUAGAGACAGGGGGAGAGAGAGAAAACGCCGGCCGCUGAGCUUCUAUCCUAGGAAUACACAACCUAAUAUAAUCGCAAUUGAAUAAGUGCCUGGGCCCGGUUCCUCGAAAGAUGGUUAAGUUUAACCCAGGAUUAAGCCAAAUCUUAAACAAGGUUUUCUUGGCUCAGAACAUGCAACUUGAGCUAACAAAAGACUGUUGAGCCUUUACUCAGAGAUACAGUAAUGAUAACACGAAAUGUUACUCUAAGCAAAAUAUAGGAAGGAUAAAUACAAAAACGGAACAAAAUUUUAAUCCUGGAAUAGCGCUAAUCGGCAUUUCAGAAACCGGGCCCUGAAGUCCAAUUAUGUUGUUUGCAAAGCAAAAUUUGGUAGAAUCGAGUCACUUUAAAGUUGCAAACACUUUUCAGGCACUUCAAUAGGUCUGGGUUUUUCCUGAUAUUUCAAUGUCACAUAGUAGCCUGUCAUCACUCUACAAUGACUUAGAGCACAUGCGAAGAAUAUGAGGAUGAUUAUACCUAGAAAAGUGCUUUUAUUUUACCAAAUGAGCUCGCUGACAAAGAACUUACAUGUACGAGGGAAUCGUGAGAAACAUUUCACUGAUCUUUAACGAAUUUGGAGUUGCUCUUUUGUGAUUUCUGUGUAAUUAUUAUGGCUAACAAAUUUCUGCCCCAGGAAGGAAUGGGCACACCUAGAAUUCAAAGAGAUUAUAAUUGUAACCAAAGCUUAUUUUUGCAGAGCCUUCUAUAGAAAUUGAAAACAACCAAAGAACAAACUCUUAUCACGACGAGCAGCUUGUUUCAGAAACGUCCCUUCCGCGUAGUUCUGACUGUGUAACGAAAGCUGAUGCUGGAUCAGGAAAUCCAACUAAAAUAUCCACGAAUACAGACUCUCAGUCUCAAAAUAGCCGUAAGCGUAAAAUGUCAGAAUUCGCUUGUAAUCCAGGUACGCAAAAACAUGACUUGUUUUUCUUGCUA